AUGCUGAACAAGACCAACGUGAUCAACGAUGCGUUCCACAUCUCCCACAACGACGUGUACGGAACUAUCAACGGCUUCCGGCUGGGCUCGAUUCAGACGCAGCCAGUGGAGUGGGACGAGAUCAACGCAGCAUGGGGGCAGACGACGCUCCUGCUGCAGACGCUUGCGAGCAACUGGGACUUCACCUUCCCUCACUUCCGCCUCGUUCCCAUGGGCAGUUUCUCCCGCAUUAUCAAGAGAGAUGACGAGAAAUGCGUCUACGACCUGUUCUGCGCCUCUGACAUCGGCCUGUCUCGAAUCUUCGGGUUCGGCAGCUUCGACAAGGGAAUGGCGGCGUUUCUCGAGUGUGUCAGAGCGCUGCAGGAGCAUGUCAAGAGCAUCGACCCGACUUUCUCUCCUCCCUACCGCAUCGUCGAGCACAAGAUCGAAGAGCUCAGCGUAAAGUUGCAGUUCAACACCUACGACAAGUGGACGAAGGCGCUCAAGUACAUGUUGACCAACAUCAAGUGGCUCGUGGCGUCGUCUCUCUCCCGGCGAUCUUGA